AUGGCCCCUGGUAUGUGGUUGUCCCAUGAAUGCUAUAAUGAUGAAAAAAGAAUUAAUGUGAGUGGUCUAGAACUAAGUCUUAACGCCUUAGCUUCAUACCCUUAUCCUUAUUUACCCAUUUUGGAGAACACUGAUGAUGCUACUUGGUUCCCAACAUUGUCCAAACAUGAAACUGGAAAUCAUAAGAGGCUGAAAAGAACCACAAGCAUUGCUGAAUCCAUUGGCAGCAAUAUUGGCUUCAAUUACAGUGGUGGAAGCAGCAUUACUAUUGACUCGAUCGAUGGCAGCAUUGCCCGAAAUAGUAGUACUACUAGCCUGAAUAACCGGCCAAAGCUCCAUUUUCGCGAUCAUAUAUGGAAUUAUACUCAAAGGUACCUAGCUGCUGAGGCGAUGGAGGAGGCUGCAGCGGCCAUCAUUGGCUCCUCCGAGGAAAGAACAGAGGAAGAUGGCGGUAGGGACGGGGUGAGGCUGGUCCAGCUUCUCAUCUCUUGUGCUGAAGCAGUGGCUUGUCGCGACAAGUCCCAUGCCUCAGCUUUGUUGUCUGAACUUAGAGACAAUACUCUUGUCUUUGGCUCUUCUUUUCAGCGGGUUGCUUCGUGCUUUGUUCAGGGUCUGGCUGACCGGUUGGCCCUGGUCCAGCCACUAGGGACAGUUGGUUUUAUUGCACCCUCAAUGAACAUAAUGGACACUGCCUCGGAAAAAAAAGAGGAAGCUUUGCGCCUUGUUUAUGAUAUUUGCCCACAUAUUCAGUUUGGUCACUUUGUGGCCAAUUCAGCAAUAUUGGAAGCCUUUGAGGGAGAGAAUUUUGUCCAUGUGGUGGACCUGGGGAUGACCCUUGGUCUAUCACAUGGUCACCAAUGGCGUAGGCUCCUUCAGAACCUCGCCAAUCGUGCUGGCCAACCCCCUUGUCUUAGAAUAACAGGGGUUGGCCUUGGCGUGGAACGUUUCCAAAUCAUUGGUGAUGGGCUCGAGGCUUAUGCAGAUAGCCUAGGAAUAAAUUUGGAAUUUUCAGCCGUCGAAAGCAACUUGGAAAACCUUAGGCCUGAAGACAUCGAAGUCCAUGAUGGUGAAGUCCUUGUGGUGAAUAGCAUCCUUCAGCUGCAUUGUGUGGUGAAAGAAAGUAGGGGUGCUUUAAACUCAGUUCUUCGGAUAAUUCAUGAGCUAUCACCCAAAGUUCUGGUUCUUGUUGAACAGGACUCAAGCCUUAAUGGCCCAUUUUUUCUUGGCAGAUUCAUGGAAGCACUGCAUUAUUACUCUGCAAUUUUUGACUCCCUUGAUGCCAUGCUGCCCAAAUACGACACGAGGCGUGCCAAGAUGGAGCAGUUUUACUUUGCAGAGGAGAUCAAGAACAUUGUGAGCUGUGAGGGUCCAGCCCGAGUCGAGAGGCAUGAGAGAGUGGACCAGUGGAGGAGGAGGAUGAGCAGAGCCGGGUUUCAGGCUGCACCUAUUAAGAUCCUUUCUCAGGCCAAACAGUGGUUGACAAAGAUCAAUGCUUGUGAAGGCUACACCAUUGUGGAAGAGAAAGGUUGCUUGGUGCUUGGGUGGAAAUCAAAGCCCAUUGUUGCAGUCUCUUGCUGGAAAUGUUGA